AUGAGCAACAAAGGGAAGAAAUUGGCGAACCAAAAAAGCUCUUUUGCCAGCAGCACUCCUCUGGGAUCGACCCAAGCUGAUCACCAUGUCGACGGAUCCAUAAGUUCUAUAGAAUUAGUUGACAGUGGAAAGACAUCGAAGAAGAGAACAAGUCCUGGGAUAACCAGACAUGUGUCUUCGUCAAGAAAAAAGAUCCCUAAGAAUCAAAAACUGUUGGGGACUGAUUUCUCCGACGAAAUGGCCAGAUCCGAGGACAGUGGAGAUCCCCAAAUAGGAAAACCUCAGCUAAUACGGCGUAGAAAGACUGGCAAGCGAAUGAAAUCAGUGCAUCAAGUGCAUCAGGAGAAGAAACAAAAGGUGAAGGGCAGUCGAAAAGAGCUUCCGGUGAGGGAGCCCGAGGUCAUUCGUGAGGCUGGUCAACCCAUCCCCGACGUUCACUACGUAGACAAGGACAGAUUAUUUUUCCGACCUCCUGAUCAUGAAAAAGACACUCACCCAGUGGAUGAGGAUGACAUACGUCAAGUCCUGCAUCAUGAUGUGUUGGAUAAGGGUAAGGAGAACGAUCCAGGGGUGGGUACUAGUGUAUCGAAGUCCUGGAGACCCAGAUCAAAGCCACCUCAUCAGAAAAAUCGCUCCCACUUGCUCCAGACCCUGAAAAGUGACGUCAUCAGAAAAAUUGUCGGUGAAAUUAAAACGACGCCCUGUCCGCCUAUUGAACGGAGUCCUGGAGGGCAGACCGGAUCGACUGGUCUCGAAGGAGAUUAUCCAGAGGUAGCUGCUGAGGGUGAACUUCCUGCGGCUGUCGAACCCUUCGUUGGGAGGAAAAUUCCGGGGGAAGAUGUUGAUCUUGGGGCGAAAAUUUUUGUCAGGACAAUUCGUUCGGUUUCUGAAGACGUCGCAGGGGGGGAGGAAGAUAAACAGGAGGCUGAUUUCACUCAAGAGCAUUCGGAGGAUGAGGAAAUGUCCAGCAUGGACAUGGAGAGGGCGUCUCUGGAGAAACAGCAGGAGUGGAUGCAAAAAAUUCAGCAGGAGAUUUGUGCUGAACACAAGGAACAUCGUGGGAUCCUCGAUAUAUCGCUGAUCAAUCGAUGGCCAGUGAGGAAGAGAACAUCCGCAGAAAAGUACAGAAUAAAACAAAUUGUCGGCUGUGCCCCCAUUGUGAGGAACAUCGGAUGGCUCACGUACCACAAAUUUGCGGCAUAUUCUUCCCCCAGUGGCAGCAGCAUGACCGACGGGGAAUCGCCCUGGGAGUCGUCCCCAGGAAGCCGACGAACAACGAAAAGUAUUGCAUCUGAAGGGAGAUCUCAUCCGAAGAAGAGAAAGGAUAGUGAAGAUAGUUCGAUCGUCAGAUCGAAAAGGAGGAAAGUCGCUCGAAUAUUGGAGUCCUCGGACGAUUCCGAAGGGACCGGGAGUGGAUCGAUAUUCAAUCGAAUGUGAAAUCGAUUUGUAGUAUCUUCCAGGAGGACGGUUAGGAAAUUUAUUGAAAAAAAUUGCGUUGAUUAUUUUUUUGUUUUGAUUUUUUUUCGUUUUCGAAAAAGAGAGAGGGGCUGAUUGAUUUGUUCGUUUUUGUUACUUUUGUUAUCGUUAUCGUUUGUUCAAUUAUAUCAUCUUUUCCGAGUGGAAGUGUUGUUAUCAUUAAAAUGAAAAUAUUUGUUUUAUUUAUGUGAAUAAAUUGGUACUGGGCUUUCUUUUUUAAUUUAUAAUUGAAAAUCCAACAUGAGUUGGAGAUAUUUUUCAACAGGUGCACCUAGCGAUCUCUCUGUGUUACAUUUUCCAUUGCCCACAAUUAGAAAAAUAAAUUAUUGAUCUACACAGGA